CUUCUACGAUGGAGAUUCUCCUGUGUACACUCUGCCUCGGCAUCCACCUCCAACUCUAAUAACUGAUGCUGUGAUUACAGAUUGUGUCAUUGGAGAUGGCUGCAUUCUCAAUAGUGGUAGUGCUGAAGGCAAGGGCAUGGGCAUUCCGAUUGGAAUUGGGGAACGUUCGUACAUAAGGAAGGCUAUAGUAGAUAAGAGUGCAAGGAUUGGCAAACAUGUUAUGAUCAUAAAUAAAGACAAUGUCCAAGAAGGGAAUAAGGAAGCUUAUGGCUACAUCAUCACAGAAGGGAUAGUGGUAAUUAUUCGAAGCGCAGUUAUCCCCGAUGGGAGUAUCAUAUGA